GGGAACUAGCGUCUACACUAUCUGCAAACAACAUGGCGGAUUCACAGAGGCUCUUUUUACUGUGAAGAUUACGUACAAUACACAUCACUGCGUUUGUCAGUAAAGGAGAAACAUUAUAAGAAUAUCUGACAAAUUUACUUACUGAACAAGACAAUGUCUGACAAGAACCAAACCUCAGACCUUCCUGAUGCACAUGGAGAUGCAGAUGACACUGAUAUAGUGAAAGUUGAAAUAACAGAAGAUCUGUGGGUGAGGCAUCAACUGGGAGCAUCAGAUGAGGAAUCCAGCGACAGUAUCAGCUCAGAUGAAGAUAACACUGAUGUAGUGAGAUUUGAGAUAACAGAAGAUCUGUACACGUGUGAUCAGGUGAAGACUGAGGAGGAUGAAGUUUCUAUAAAUACAGCUACAGUAGAUCAAUCGGUUAGCUCAGACAGUCCAUGUCAAGAAUGGCGUUCAGAUGAUUCUUUCAUUUUCUUUGAAGAUCCACAAAACCACAUGGUGAAUAAACCAUUUUCAUGUUUUGUAUGUGGGAAAGGUUUUACCCACAAAUCCCAUCUUGCUACUCAUCAAAAAACUCAUUCAGGGGAGAAAGCAUUUUCAUGUUUUGUAUGUGGGCAAAGUUUUACUCAGAAACCAAAUCUUAUUGACCAUAUGAAAAUUCAUACGGGAGAGAAAGCAUUUUCUUGUGGUGUAUGUGGGAAAUAUUUUACUCAAAAAUCAAAUCUUAUUAGACAUCAGAGGACUCAUACAGGAAAGAAAGCAUUUUCAUGUUCUGAAUGUGGGAAAUGUUUUAUCCAAAAAACACAUCUUAUUGCUCAUCAGAAAGUAUAUAAACAUGAGAAAUCAUUUCCCUGUUCUAUAUGUGGAAAAUGUUUUACCCAGAAAUCAGUUCUUAUUGAUCAUCUGAAAAUGCAUACAGGGGAGAAGGCAUUUUCAUGUUCUGUAUGUGGGAAAUGUUUUAUCCAGGAAUCUGUUCUUAAUGACCAUCUGAAAAUUCAUACGGGAGAGAGAGAAUUUUCAUGUUUGGAAUGUGGGAAAAGUUUUAAAUUGAAGUCAUGUCUUUUUAGACAUCAGCAAUAUCAUAAAGAGGAAGAAGUUUCAUGUUCAGAAUGUGGGGCAUGUUUUAAUCAGAAAUCAAAACUUAUUGCUCAUCAGAAAAUACAUAAACGUGAGAAAUCUUAUUCCUGUUCUAUAUGUGGGAAAUUUUUUAAACAGAAAUCACAUCUUAAUACACAUCACAAAACUCAUACUGGAGAGAGAGCAUUUUCAUGUUCUGAAUGUGGGAAAUAUUUUAGCCAGAAAGCAAAUCUUAUUGCUCAUCAGAAAAUACAUACACGUGAAAAAUCAUUUUCAUGUUCUGAAUGUGGGGAUUGUUUUACUUUGAAGCCAGAUCUUGUUAAUCACCAAAAACUUCAUACUGCAGAGAAAAUAUUUGUGUGUAAUGAAUGUGGGAAAUGUUUUACAUUGAAAUCAAGACUUAGUACACAUCAGAAAAUUCACACUGGAGAGAAAGCAUUCUCAUGUUCUGACUGUGGGAAAUGUUUUCACCAGAAAGUAAAUCUUAUUGCUCAUCAGAAAACUCAUACAGGAGAGAAAGCCUUUUUAUGUUCUGAAUGUGGGAAACGUUUUACUCAUAAAUGGGUACUUAUUAGACAUCAGAAAAUUCAUACAAAAGAGAACUCUAAUAGUUGAUAGUAAGCCCACUUUAGUAAAUGUUGUUUCCUCCCUGUUUGAUGGAAACAGAAGCAAUAUUUGUAAAUUGUCUACAACCACAAACAGUUUGUUAUGCAUGGUUGUAGAUAAGUAGUAAUUUACAUACCCCUGUAGUAUAAUGAAUACAACACACUUCAACUCAGUGAUUUUUCUGAUGCAUUCUUGUAGCAUGGGGGGUUGGGACUUCCAUCAGCUGACAUGUCAAUUUUAUAGGAGCUGUAUACAGUUAGGCCCAUAAGUAUUUGGACAGUUACACAAUCUUCAUGGUUUUGGCUCUAUACACAACUACAAUAGUAUUUAAAUAAAGCAAUUAGGAUGUAAUUAAAGUGCAAACUUUUAGAUGUAACUGUUAAGAAAUACAGCAGUUUUUUUUUAUAUAUAGUCCCCCAUUGUCAGAGGAUCAAAACUAACAUAAUAAUAAAAAAUAUUUUGUAACGAAUGACUCCCUAAAGUCUGAAACUCAUGGGCAUCACAAAGUUUUGUGUUUUCUCCCUAGUGAUGCUUUGCCAGGCCUUUUACAGAAGCUGUCUUAAAUGUCUGCUUGUUUGUAAAUAAUUAUGCCUUCAGCAAGUGAAAUGCAUAUUCAGUUGGGUUGAGGUCAGUUGACUAUAACAAUAUUCAAUAAUAUUGGUUGCAGUAUAUUUUGGAUACAUUUAUUCGUACUGUGAAGUGCUCUUAUAAGUUUUGAUGCAUUUGGCUGAAUUGAAGCAAACCGUAUAACCCUAUACACUUCAUGUAUCAUCCUGCUACUUCUGUCAGAAGUCACAUCAUAAAUAAACACUAGUGGCCAGUUACGCUGGCAGCCUUACAUUCCCUUAUCAUUAAACUAUCUCCACCAUGUUUCACAGUUCACAGUUGAUUUGAUGUGUGGUUCAGAUCAUGAGCUGUUCAUUCCCUUUCCCAUACACUUCUCUUCCCAUGAGUCUAGUACAGGUUGGUCUUAGUUUUAUCUGUUUUCAGAAUAUUGUUGUUUUUUUACAAAGUCUAAUCUGGCAUUCCAAUUUUUGAGGCUUAACAAUGGUCUGCAACUUAUGGUAAAUUUAUUUCAUGAAGUCUUCUCUAGGAAGUAGACUUUGAUUUGCUACCUCCCUAAGACGUGGCUAGAUGCUUUGAAGGUUUUUCUUAUCACUAAUUAAAGAAUUUAAAGAUUAUUCAACAUAGUUGUCUUCCAUAGUUGUUCAGGCCUUUUUAGUGUUGCUGAGCUCCCCAGUUCAUUCCUUCAUUUUAUGAAUAUAUCAAAUUGUUGAUUUGGCUACUCCUAACGUUUCUGGUAUCUGAUGGCUUUGUUUUAUUUUUUUUUAGCCUAAUGAUGACCUGCUUUACUUGCAUUGACUGUUCUUUUGGCUUAAUUCUGAUAGUUGACAGUAACAACUUGCAAAUGCAAAUUCCACAUUUUUAAAUCAAAUCCAGACACUUGGCCAUAAAAAAACUUCUCAGUAAAUUGUCCAGUUACUUUUGGUUCCAUGACAAGGAGGAAACUACAUAAUUACCUUCAAAUUGAGUCUGCACUUUAAGUCCAACAUCAUUGUAAGACUUAAAUUUCUUUCUUUUUUUUCUAACAGUUAAAAAAAACUUCAACAUUCAAUUUCCGAAUACUUAUGGACCUAACUGUAUGUUAUAUAACUCCUGUUUAGCUAACUGUUUUGUUGACUAUUCUACUAUGUUAAUUGGGGAAUUGUUCCUCUGCUAUAUUAUUGCAUUGUUGUUUCUUAUGUAUUUUCUAAUGUUGCAUUGGUAUUGUGCUGUGAAAUUUUAAAAGAAAAUUAUAUUUUCUCCUGUUUUGUAUCUUGAGCCUUUCUCUUAAUGAAUUCUUGUGUUUAUAAAAUCUUAGAAAUAAAUUUAAAAAAACAAAACAUCACAACACAA